AUGCGGACUCCUUCGACCCCUCGGGCCUUGGCAUUGGCAGUCAUUGCCUCUACUGCCUCUGCAGCGGCUGCGUCUCUCAAGGAUGUUUGCACUGUCGAGUAUGCCAAGUCAAAGUUGCCUGCCUCUGAUUUCAUCCAGGGUAUCACCCUUGACCCUUCGUCCGUCACCACGAACAUCGUGUACAAUGCCUCCACCAGCGCCGACAGCACCUUUUACCCGGCGGCGACCUUUUCGUACUGCAACUUGACCCUGGCAUACUCCCACGACGGCCGUGCAGGUGACCAAGUCCUCGUCCAAUACUGGCUACCCGACCCCGCCAAGUUCGAGAAUCGGUACCUGUCAACCGGUGGCGGAGGUUAUGCUAUCUACUCUGGAUCCCAGUCUCUACCCGGUGGUGUCAUGUACGGUGCUGUGGCUGGCGCUACCGAUGGUGGCUUUGGAAGCUUCUCGACCAACGUCGAUGCAGUCAUGCUCCUAGCCAAUGGCACUCUUAACUAUGAAUCACUGUACAUGUUCGGGUACAAGGCUCACUGGGAGCUUAGCAAGAUCGGAAAGCAGUUCACCCGGAACUUAUACAACAUGGCCGAGAAAACCAAGCUCUAUUCGUACUACCAGGGCUGCUCCGAAGGUGGUCGUGAAGGCUGGAGCCAGAUCCAGCGCUAUGGCGAUGAAUGGGACGGUGCGGCGAUUGGUGCCCCUGCUUUCCGCUGGUCCUUCCAGCAGACCCAGCACCUGUACUCGAAUAUCGUCACUCAGACUCUGGGAUACUACCCGCCUACCUGUGAGAUGGAGAAGAUUGUCAACGAGACCAUUUCUGCUUGCGACUCCCUGGACGGCCUGAAGGAUGGUGUGGUCUCACGCUCUGAUCUUUGCCAGCUGCACUUUGAUCUCUCCACCUUGGUUGGAAAGCCAUACUACUGUCCCGCCGCCGCUGCCUCGAGCUCAGCCCAUGGCCCCUCGUCCGCCGCGACUCCCGUCCAGAACGGUACCAUUUCCAAAGAGGCUGUGGAGGUCGCCAAGGAAGUGAUCCGAGGACUACGCGACUCGCAAGGCCGCCAGGUCUACCUCUCCUACCAGACCGCAGCAACCUUUGCGGACGUCACCACCCAGUACAACUCCACCACUGAUAAAUGGGAGCUCUCGGUCGACGGACUCGGCGCCGAAUUCAUCGCCCUGUUGCUCAACAAGAACGGCACAGAUCUCUCCAACCUCAACGGCGUGACAUACGACACCCUGAAGGAGUGGAUGAUCGUCGGCAUGCAGGAAUACGCCUCCACUCUGCAAACCAACUGGCCCGACCUGACCCCCUUCCACAACGCCGGCGGCAAGGUGAUUCACUUCCACGGCGAGGCAGACAACAGCAUCCCCACCGCGUCCUCCGUGCGAUACUGGGAGUCCGUCCGAAGCAUCAUGUACCCCAGCCUAUCCUACAAGGACGGCGCCGAUGCCCUGAAGGACUGGUACCAGCUGUACCUCGUUCCCGGUGCCGCUCACUGCUCGACCAACACGCUCCAGCCCAACGGACCUUUCCCGCAGACGAACCUGCAGGUCCUGAUCAACUGGGUUGAGAAGGAUGUCAAGCCCGUGACUCUGAAUGCCACCGUGCUGCAGGGUGAGAAUGUGGGUCAGAACCGACAGAUUUGCGCCUGGCCUCUGCGUCCUCUUUGGAAGAAUGGCAAGAUGGAGUGUGAGUAUGAUCAGAAGUCGAUUGAUACUUGGCACUAUGAUUUCGAUGGUGUGCCGCUGCCUGUUUACUAA